AUGUCGACCUUUGAUGGCAUCGUAGAAGAGUUCCCGGAUAUUCGCAUUGACUACUUUCGGAAAUCCCCCGAGAAGCCUGCGCCAUUAGCCUGUUUUCUCAGUCAUGUGCAUAGUGAUCAUCUCCAGGGCCUGGAGUCCUUUCGGGCACCGUUCAUCUACUGCUCUCCGGCCACACGAGAACUUCUCCUCCGUAUUGAGAAAUAUCCCCACCGGAUGAACUUUAAUAAAGGUAUUUUGGAGUCACGGCGGCUGCAUUAUAAGCAUCUUGCAAAGCUUCUGCGCCCAAUUCCCUUGAAUAGCCCAACGGAGAUUGAACUCACGCCCCGACGUCGUAUCAGGGUGACAUUGUUUGAUGCCAAUCAUUGCACAGGGGCUGUGAUGUUUCUGAUUGAAGGCGAUGGAAAGGUAAUCAUCUACACAGGUGACAUCCGAGCUGAGACGUGGUGGGUGAGUAGCUUGGUCCGUCAUCCAAUCUUGAUACCAUAUACUCUGGGCCGGAAACGACUCGAUAAGUUAUAUCUGGACACAACAUUUGCAAGUGCGACAAAUCCAUUUCGCGAGUUCCCUUCCAAGGCGGAGGGACUGGCAGAGUUGCUAGCAAAAGUUCAGGCAUAUCCUGAUGAUACAGUCUUCUACUUCCGUGCAUGGACCUUUGGCUACGAGGAUGUAUGGAUUGCGCUCUCGGCAGCCUUGAACACCAAGGUCCAUGUGGAUCGCUAUCAGAUGGGACUGUAUCGGUCCUUGAUCCAGACUCAGGGUAACAAAGGAGUUAGCGAAGCACCUGUUCUCUGUGGCUUUGAGCUGGGAAACAGAGCUAUAACCGGCUGUCUGAGCAAUAAUAUCUCAAAUCGAGUUCAUAGCUGUGAACCUGGAACAUCAUGCCCCACAGCUCGAGGAGCCAACACAGUCUACAUCGUGCCGAUCGUAAAUCGCACAACGGGCGGUACAGAGAUCCCCGAGAUCGGUGCGGGUGGUGGAAUUGGGGAUCUGUACCAGACACAUGAACUCGAGCUGCCAGAUGAGUCGGCGCUGGCCGAGCUGGAAAAGCUGUGUUUCCAGCACAUCCAGGACAAACAGACGCUGUCCCAGAUGCGAGGUGCUUUACUGGAUGCAUUUCGGUCCAAAAAGAGAGCACUCUCACUUGAUACAUACGGUGUGAAGGAUGAGGGCGAAAUUCCGUUGAAAAACCUGGUGACUGCUCUAAGUCAUGGCCCAUCAGAGGUAUCUGGCGGGUCCAUCCCGGACCUACCUAACACGAUACGCUUUCCAUAUUCAAGACAUUCCUCUUAUUCCGAACUCUGUGAGCUUGUAGCGGCCUUUCGUCCCAAGGACAUUCACCCUUGCACCGUGGAUCCAAAAACUUGGAACGAAGAUGUCUCGAUCAAUCGUUUAUUUGGUCACCUUUGUUCAGGGCACAGCUUUUCACACGACACUCAUAUGCGCUCAACUGUAGCGAAUGAUGUUGACGAUGAGGAAACUUUGCGGGCGAGAAAACGGCCCCGUUAUGAUAUGGAUAUGGACCUUUCCACGCAGUCCACACAAGGAACCAGUAGCGGGGUUGAAGAAUUCAGUCUCGGUGCCGCUGAUGCAACUCAGAACCUUGAUAUAAAACAGGACGCCCCGAACCAAUCCGAACAGGCGGCCAGAAUCAAACGCAACGAAAUCCGCCGAGCACACCGCUAUCUCCAAGAACAUGCAGAGCCUAGGCUCUUCCAAUUGAAUCCUAUCCCAUCUACGUGGCCAACAGAAGAAGAAGACAGGUUUGAUCCAGCCAAUGACGAAGGGAGAGAAGAGGUCACGCUCAUCUCUGACCAACCAGAUUCGAACUCUUCGGCUACAAUAUCCCGACUCAGAUCCGCGCCAACCAGGUCGGCGAUAACCAUUGACCUAACUGGCGACGGAGCCGCAUCUCCGUGUCCAAUCAUCCAACAUGCAGACAGUCAACAUACAGAUCCACUCGCACUAUCUAUUUCCGAGUCAGCAUUUGACUCCCCGGAUCGGGAACCCGUAGUUGAUGAACUACAAACCCCAGAGCAAGGACAAGACAGUAUGAGUCGCUCGCGCCGGGCGCGUAUUGCUGCUUACCUGGCUGCACGAGAAGAUACCUACUCUGCGUGGACGGAUGUUUCACUUGUGUCGGCUGGUGAUAAUCAUGCUGAGGAGGAGAUCGAGCUAUAG